UGGUCAAUUGCGCAAGGCGUAAUACAAUUUAGGCUACCUGGAACGCUACUAUUGUCCAAUCUGUCUGCACGAGGGAAUGUCGCUCUGGCUGUCAUCCUUCCCUCGAGCUGUCAGUUGACAGUACAACACCGAGCCGAAAGCAUCUUAGGAAAGAACACCGUUUUGAUAAAACGUAGAUUUUAGAUUUCUCCUCUUUGGCACUGGAACGGUUGGGCCACUGUCAUAUUUCGAGGCUGACCAACAAACGCGUAGGAGGGAGAAAAACCAAAAGGACUGAAUAGCUAGCUAGUUAGCAAGCUAACGACCGUUAGCUUUGGCCAGUGCUGCCACUGCUCUGCUAAAGCGUUCGGUAGGAGUGUGCAGUACCAGUAGGCAGGCGAGCUGCGUUGGCAUUUUAGUGUAGUUGGUUGGAAAAAGAUUGCUACGGUUGCAUGAACAUGUUUCUUUUAUUUCACCAUUGCGGUGUUAGCUUCCUAAAUGUUUUGCCCGGAUGCGUCCAGUCAGUUGCUUGGUUAGCCAGAGAGCAAUGCUAAGUGACGACGUCGACUCAGUGAGGCUAUCGUGUCGGGGGUGAGGAGUUUGAGGAAGGAAGAGGUGACUUACGAUGUUGGGGGGAAGUGUUGGGUUAAUGAGCUAGUGGUGCGUUAGCUGACAGUGAAGGAAAUAACGUUCAUAUUUUACAAUACAUUAUCAACGACCGUCAUUUCGUUAACCAGCUAACUAAAAGAUAAUGCAAAUUAGAGAGGCUAGGUAAUACAGAAAAUACUGUUGUUUUCGGCUUGCUCGCAAGCUAAAUGCAGAGGGAGGGUGAUCAUUGAGUGGCUACUCUCUCAGCUCCAUAAAUAACUGUCACUGACUGAGUGAUAUCCAGCCUAUUUCACAUAACUAAAGAUGGCUACAGCGAGCAGCAUUGCCGCAUCUAUUGCGAGCAAGACGAAGACGAAGAAGAAACACUUCGUGGCUCAGAAAGUGAAGCUUUUCCGAGCCAGUGACCCUCUGCUCAGCGUCCUUAUGUGGGGAGUCAACCAUUCGAUCAAUGAGUUGAGCCAUGUUCAGAUCCCUAUCAUGCUGAUGCCUGAUGACUUCAAGGCCUACUCUAAGAUCAAGGUGGACAAUCACCUCUUCAACAAGGAAAACAUGCCGAGCCAUUUCAAGUUUAAGGAGUACUGUCCUCUGGUGUUCCGCAACCUUAGAGAACGUUUUGGCAUCGACGACCAGGAUUUCCAGAACUCCCUAACCCGUGCAGCUCCGUUAAACAGUGAUUCCCAGGGUCGGAGUGGGGCUCGCUUCCACACCUCUUACGACAAACGCUACGUCAUCAAAACAAUCACCAGUGAGGAUGUGGCUGAGAUGCACAACAUCCUCAAGAAGUACCACCAGUUCAUAGUGGAGUGUCAUGGCAACACGCUGCUGCCUCAGUUCCUGGGGAUGUACCGCCUCACAGUGGACGGAGACGAGACCUACAUGAUCGUCACCAGGAAUGUCUUCUCCCACCGCCUCUCUGUCUACAAAAAAUAUGACCUCAAGGGCUCCACUGUGGCCAGGGAGGCCAGCGACAAGGAGAAGCAGCCACGCCCUCCUGAGGAUGCGCCACCGCGGCCCAAAUCUAACGUUCAGCAAAGGCUGCAAACGCUGCGGAUCGCCACGCGCUUUUACUGCGCCAUGAAACACGUAAGAGACGCCAAGGAGCUGCCCACCUACAAGGACAACGACUUCAUCAACGAUGGACAGAAGAUCUACAUUGACGAUGACAACAAGAAGAUGUUCCUGGAGAAACUACGUAAAGACGUGGAGUUCCUGGCCCAGUUGAAGCUGAUGGACUACAGUCUGCUGGUGGGGAUCCAUGACGUGGAGCGGGCUGAGCAGGAGGAAGUGGAGAGUGAGGAUAACGAGGGGGAUGAUGAGGGGGAGAGUGACGGAGGGAUUGGCACUCCCCCGGACUCCCCCAGUAACACCCUGGACAGCACCAAGCCCCUGUCCCCGGGGGAGUUUGACCCCACCAUAGACGUCUAUGCCAUCAAGAGCAAUGACAGUGCUCCUAGGAAGGAGGUGUACUUCAUGGCGGUCAUUGACAUUCUGCAGCAUUACGAUGCCAAGAAGAAGGCUGCUCAUGCUGCUAAGACCGUCAAACAUGGGGCGGGAGCUGAAAUCUCCACGGUAAACCCAGAGCAGUACUCCAAGAGGUUCUACGACUUCAUCACCACCAUUCUCUCAUAGCCCCUAGGGGAAGGGGAGGGGGCACUUAGGGAGAGGAGAGAUGGAGGAAAGAAAAUGGAGAGAAGGGAUGGAUGAGGGUGGGGUAUUGCGAUCCAUCUCUCCGUCAGCAAGGGUGUCCCUCUCAGCAGCUAAUACCAUCAUUCGUUUACAUUCAUCUUCUCCGCUGUUACAUUGAACAGGAGAACUGCUAUUCUAGGUUCUAGUCCGUACUUUUUUAUUAGUUUGUUUUGUUUACUUUGGGAAUGUUUUUUUGUUUUUUUUACUGCCUCUUAACACCACGUCCUCAACCUGCAUUGUUUUUGUUUGUUUGUUCUGCAUUCCUGUUUGGGGGGAGGUUAGAAUGAGGAUGAACAGGGCUGUGAUUGGAUAACAAUAGUGCGGUCACUCGGAGUAAAUAGUAUAGGAUGAAGUGCACCUUGAGGCUUAUCCAAUCACUUGUCUUCAGGAAGUAUGAAGCAGUCUUCCAGUAGGCCUUCAGCCAGACCACCCAAUCACCAUUUAGUACAGCCCUGCCCCAGCCUAAGCUACUUUCCUAUUUGUCCCAUCAUCCAUCACUUUCCCUUUAGACCCUCCUCCUGGCAGUGGAUGUUACUCCUCCAUUCUCACCUUACACUGCUAUCCUCCUGUCACACACACUGCUCUCCUCUACCCUUCCCUCCAUAUACAAGAUAAGUUAAGAUGAGUUGUGUUUAAUAAGACUGGGAGCUGGUCAGUAGGGCUGUGUUUAAUAAGACGAGGCGCUGGUCAGUUGGGCUGUGUUUAAUAAGACGAGGCGCUGGUCAGUAGGGCUGUGUUUAGUAAGACGAGGCGCUGGUCAGUAGGGCUGUGUUUAGUAAGACAGGGAGCUGGUCAGUAGGGCUGUGUUUAAUAAGACGAGGCGCUGGUCAGUUGGGCUGUGUUUAAUAAGACAGGGAGCUGGUCAGUAGGGCUGUGUUUAAUAAGACUGGGAGCUGGUCAGUAGAGCUGUGUUUAGUAAGACAGGGAGCUGGUCAGUAGAGCUGUGUUUAAUAAGACGGGGAGCUGGUCAGUAGAGCUGUGUUUAGUAAGACAGGGUCAGUAGAGCUGUGUGUGAUUUAUGACAUCACUGACUGAUCUGGUUUGUCUCAUUCUGGAUAGUUACCAGGAAGUUGGUGUGUGACUUCCUGUGGGAAAGGGCAGGGCGGUGGUGUGAUCCUUCAUGGACCUUUGAUCCUGCAUUGCCAUCAGCACCUUAAACAAAUCAUUGCACUUUUAUGUUGUUAAACACAGGAUUUUUCUGUUCUGUUACAUGUGCUGCAACAAAAGCACUGUUUGAAGCUAUCGAACUGUGCCCCAAGAUUUAUGAUGGGGGUGUAGUAGGGAUGAGGGAAAGUGUCUUGGCUGGAAGGCACUAGGGAGUAGGAGGGACUACAGGUGGGUUUGGGACAGGGCCUGAAUGUAGUGAGCAGCAGAGAGAGAGGAGGGGUGUGUUCAGGACAGACAGCCCAGUGUUUACCUCUGGCAUCGUACCUGCCUGAACCAGAGUCUUAGCCACAUCUGUCUGUCUCAGGUCUCCAACCCCAGCCCUGAAGAGGUACUGGGUAUGCAGGCUUUUACUCCAGCCCAGCACUAGCACACCUGAUUCAGCUAAUUUUGGUCCAGACUGAAGACCUUGAUUAGUUGGUUAUUUGAAUCUGUACGUGUAGUUAUGGAUCCCCAUUAGCUGCUGCCAAGGCACCAGCUAAUCUACCUGGGGCCUGGCAAAAUGAAGGCAGUUAUACAAUUUUAAAAACAUUACAAUACAUUCAUAAGAGAUUUAACAACACACUGUGUGCCCUCAGGCCCCUACUCCACUACCACAUAUCUAACAAACAAAAUCCAUGUGUACGAUUGUGUGUAAUGCGUAUGAAUAUGUCUGCGCCUAUGUUUGUGUUGCUUCAGGUGUUUUAAAGCUGGGCUGGAAUAAAAGCCUGCACACCCAGUAGCUCUCCAGGACCGGAGUUGGAAAACCCUGAGACGUACAAAGAUCUCUACAUAUGGUUCAGGCCUGAAUCGGACAUGUCUCAGGUUUUCAUGAGAGAGGGAGAAGGGGAGGGUGGGGAAGAGGUGCUGGGUUGUAGAAAAAUAUGCUUUUGUUUAAGUGGUGAUGUCAUGCCAACCUGUCAGCCUCUCCUUUUAACAUUUGUCUGUUAUUCAGACUUGUUGGUGUUUUUGAAAGGUUGUUUAUCUCUGAAUUUGGCAGGUUUGAAUUGACUUGGUAAAUUUUUAUAUUUUGCACAAAAAGGAACCAAAUGUUAUGCAUCCGAUCCUGACUGGUUGCUGUGGUCUUAACAAGGGAAACACAAUAUCAUUAUACCUGUACCAGAACCAUAUACACACUGAGUGUACAAAACAUUAGGAACUCCUACCUAAUAUUGUGUUUCACCCCCUUUUCCAUCAGGGCAUGGACUCUACAAGGUGUCGAAAGCGUUCUACAGGGAUGUUGGCCCAUGUUGACUCAGGCUUCCCACAGUUAUCAAGUUGGCCGGAAGUCCUUUUAGUGGGGGACCAUUCUUGAUACACACAGAGAACUUUUGAGCAUUUAACCUAGCAGCAUUGCAGUUCUUGACACAAACUGGUGCGCCUGGCACUUACUACCAUACCCCGUUCAAAAGGCACUUAAAUCUUUUGUCUUGCCCAUUCACCCUCUGAAUGGCACACAUGCACAAUCCAUGUAUCAAGGCUUAAAAAUCCUUCAUUAACCUGUCUCCUCCCUUUCAUCAACCCUGAUUUGAAGUGGAUUUAACAGGUGACAUCAAUAAGGGAUCAUAGUGUUCACCUGGUCAGUAUGUUAUGGAAAGAGCAGGUGUUCCUAAUGUUUUGUACACAGUGUAUACUGUUUAUGACUCUCUCUAUAUAUAUUGCUCUGACUUGUACCAAGUGAGAAGAGUCUGUGGUGUUUUAUCUGUGAUUGGUAACCAACUAAAACCAGUAACAUUGUCCUCUACUAUUCUAUCACAAGCAAAAAGCUUCCAUAUUGUUUUAGAUGCAUAGAUUAUAUUCACAUAUAUUUUUACAUUGCAUUUAAGUCAUUAAAUAUAAUUGUAUUUUAAAGCACCACCCUUUGAGUGAAUGACAGUGUUGGGUUAUAUGAAGAAUGAUACUGCUUGAAUUUGUACAAUGCUUGUACGUACUGUAAACACAAAACAAAUGCAUGUUGCAGGAAUACGCUUUCUUCCUCCUAUGUCUUGGCUGUUUAGAUCCAUUGUCGCUCUCCUAGACUUAACCCCAUCUGAGUCUCUCCUUACCAUGCUUUAAACUGUAUUUGUAUCAUAUACACUGUGUAAGAGGUGUGCCUUUAUACUCCAAAUUAUUUACAUUUUUACCUUUUUUUUAAACUUUUUGUUUAUAAAGUUGAAAGUUUAUUUUAAUAAUAGGUUGGUUACUUUGAGAUGUAUCCUCAGUUUUAUUUUCCACCUUUUCUCCCUACCUGUGUAGUAGGUGUUUUCAAUCUAUUAUUGUUAUGGAGUCAAAAUUGACAAUUUUAUUGACUUUGAGUUUUCAAACAAAACUAAAAUGUCAGUCUCUGUUGUGGUAAUUUUAUGGGUAGAAUAUAGUCAUUAGGCACUGAUCCAGUUUACCUUCCCCAAAUCCUAACCUUGCCAUUUGGGGGGAAACUGCAAAUCUGAACAUAGAUCAGUGUCUAGGGACAACGUCUACCUCCUCCCUGGUGUGGAGAUGGCAUCUAUGCUGAUGUUAACCCUUCGUUCCUCGCUGCUUCUGUCUCAGUAAAGACCUUUUUGUUUGUGUCGUGGCUGUGGUGUGUGUCUGUGACUGUCGUGAUGGUGUUUGUCGGGCUUGUCCUCUGACCACUUCCUCAAGUUUGAGUGUGUCUGACAUGGCACCAUAUUCCCCAUAACAGUGCAAUUAUUUUGACAAGAGCCCACUUAGGGCUAAGGAUUAUAGUUAGAUGGGUUCUGGUCAUAGGUAGUGCACUAUUUAGGGAAUCGGGUGCUAUUUCAGAUGCAGACUACACUCUUAGGAGUCGCUCCCCCCUGUCCACCAUCUAAUGUUAAUGUCACUGCUCACUAAGCCCUAACCUUUUUAGGUUAAGAGGAAACGUCUACCUGCUCCACCUUCCACCCACUGGCCAGCUCUCACUUUCCUCACGAACAGGACUCAAAAAGAGGAUACAGCUCUGUUUGGCCUUGAUGGCUUCCUGUAGUCAAGGUGAGCACACUUUGAGAGAAAACAGAGCGUUGUUUUUGCUCUAGGAGGAUGGAGGCUGGAUCCAUAGAGAAUAUGCUGCCAUGUCACAGACUUGGACAAUGACACACAUCCUUACUCACUGAGCCCCAGUCCAGUAGGCUAUAGGUGGCUGGUUUUGUCCAUUGUUGGCUGGUCCUUCAACCCUCACCCUCUGCGUAAAGGCUUCAAUAUCCCCCUACUAAACCUACCAUUUUGCCAAAAGCAACUUUUCCUAUCUAUGUGCGUUCAUCUACAGUCAAAACGACCCCACAUAUUAGCUUUAACAUAUUGUAAGGUGUAAAUGUACCGGUUUGAUUGAAUCUGUACAUUUUUUAAUGGGAGUGUGUGUGUGUCACAGAUGGGUGUUUAAUGUUCACAGCUGUUGGGACAGACUGGUGUGGGGUUUAUAUGUGGAGUUUUAACUGUUUUGGGAAAUAAGACAUGACUUGGCCUUGACAGACUCUGCAGGGGCAGAAUUUUCUCAAUUUCUUCUCAGAAAGGAUUUGAAGUUGAUAAUACUCAUGGAAUUAACUCCAAUAAAACAAAAUACCGUUACAAAAUAAAUACGUUUGUUGGAAUUAAUAGGCAGACAGACUAGAUGACUAUAAAUGUUUUGGUGAGAGAUCUUCCCUGCAGAUUGUGUCCUGUCUGUAAUGAUGACCCAGAGUCCUUGCUAACUGUUGCUAAAGUGUUGUGCGUGUGUAUUGCUGUCUGCUGGUGGUCAGUGGGAGUAAACUGUUGUGUGCUGUGAGGGAGGCUAACUCAUGUUCUAUGAUGUUUAUUGUUCAACACAAUGAUAAUAAUAAUAAACUCCAUUCCAUAAGCAUUUGCUCAAAUACAAUAAAGCACUUGGUCUGCUAAACUAAA